GUCUGCCCGUGACAGGUAGCUGAGCCAUGCGCGAGCACGGCAUCAUCCAGCUGCGUGCGUUGUCCCCCUGAUGACGUACUACUUCUAAAACUUUUAUUUUUUUGAAAGUGUGUUUUGUGGAUUAUUUCCGCCUCCGAUGACGCACGGACCGCUGCCACACAACGUGUGUUUGCGCUCCCUCGGAUCUGUUGGUUUGUUUUUGUUUUGUUUUUGUUUUGUUUGAAAGCCGAGUAAUCAGGCGUCGUUGUGGCGUCAUCGCGUGUGGCGGUUCACGCGAGGUUGGUCGUGCGCCCGUUGCGUCCUAUGCUGUCUUACACCUGAUUUAGCGUGUCAAUAUUGAUCCCUUCAGCAGAACAGCUUAUUUAUUAAUAACGAAACUAGGCGGCGUCCAGGUUUCUGAAGACCUCUCACCGAGGACAGCAGGCCGUGCAACACACGCCAGCUUCCCCAGAGCUGCUGUGUGGUGGAAGACUAUACAGCGAUGCUGGCAAAAAGAUGCCAUUUUUCAUAAGACCUUGUAUGCCAACACCACAAUCUACAUGAAAUUCCAGGGAAAUGAGGCAGCGUGUGAAGAAAAGAAACUGGCCUUUAAUGUUAGUUGGUACCUGCGCUCCUCCAUCUGCUAUAAUGAAGUGUUCAACACCCCCGACAGCACUGCACUGAACAUGUUUGGAUGGGACCACAUGAUGAAGGGGAACUGGACUGGUCUCUUCAGCCAGGGAUAUAUCUACUUCGAGAACUGCUCCUCUCUCUUCAGACCCAAGGUUUAUUAUAAGGAAUUUCAGCCAUUUCUAAUGCUCAAAAAUGAAGGGGACAAGGUUACAAACCAAACAGCACAUGUUCUCAAGGAUACACCGGAUAUCGGUGCAGUUGCCAGGUCAUGGGUGGACAGUCCCUACAUGUUUAUUGUGAAGGUCCAAGAGGAUCAUCGUCCUGUUGCCAGUAGAGAGCGCCGAGAGAAGCAGGAGGGGGAUGUGACCCAUGAGUCACAGGUCCCGUUUAAAUUUACAAUGACGGUAGAAAUGAAGGGCCCACGCGAGUACUCCUCCCCUGCAGACUGGCCACUAAUGAUGUUCUUCAUGGCCAUGUGCAUCGUGUACGUGCUGUUCGGAGCACUGUGGCUCCUCUGGAUGGCUUUGUACUGGCGCGACCUGCUCCGCAUCCAGUUCUGGAUCGGCGCUGUGAUUGUCCUGGGCAUGUUGGAAAAGGCCGUCUUCUACUCCGAGUACCAGAGCAUCAGAUACCAGGGAGAACACAACCAGAGUGCUGUUAUCUUCGCCGAGCUGCUGUCUGCGCUGAAGAGAUCCCUGGCUCGAAUCCUUGUAAUCAUAGUCAGUCUGGGCUACGGCAUUGUCAAGCCCAGGCUGGGCACAACGGUACCCCGGCUGGUGGCAGUAGGUCUCCUCUAUCUCCUCUUCUCCGCCGUGGAGGGCAUCCUUCGGGUCACAGGGGGUUUCUAUGGCACAGUGGCUCUGGUCGCUAAUCUGAGUCUGUCUCUUAUUGAUUCCUGUGUCAUGUGGUGGAUCUUCAUCAGCCUGUCUCACACAACGCGGCUCCUCAAGCUUCGCCGGAACGUGGUGAAGCUCUCGUUGUACCAACACUUCACCAACACCCUCAUCUUCUCGGUGCUGGCAUCCAUCAUAUUCAUCAUAUGGACAACCAGACAGUUCAAGCUGGUGGACUGCCAGUCGGGCUGGAGGGACCUGUGGGUGGACGACGCUUUCUGGAGACUUCUCUUCUCCGCCAUCCUCUUGGCCAUCAUGGUGCUGCUACGGCCCUCCAUCAACAGUCAGAGAUUUUCACAUUCGCCACUCCUCGAUGAAGACGACGAGGAAGAUGAGGCAAAGGAGCCAAUGAUUAAUGAGGCUUUUGAGGGCAUGAAGGUAAGAGGGGCGAAGUCUGAGAUGAACAGCAGCAAAGAGAACUCUCAAGAUGAAGAACUGAAGUGGGUGGAAGAGAACAUCCCCACAACUGUAGUGGACGUAGCUUUGCCCAUGGUGUUGGAUGACGAGGAGGAACUUAUCAAAACCAAGAUGGAGAGAUCCAAAAUGGAGUAGGCUGAGAGAUGAAGCAGCUUGAUUGUUAUUUCACUGGCGCAGACAGGGACUUGUGAAAUUGUCAUAAAUAAUUCCACGAAACCCAUGUCUGAAAGCAAAGCAAAUAUUUUUGUUUAUGUAAGCACGUCCAAUUUUUGGGGGGCCUGCGGCAAACUGUGGAAACGAGUCUUGGGUGUGGAGUAAAAUUCCAAACAAAGGUUUUCUGUUUCUUUACUGUUCUGAAGUUUACAGGCUUUUCACUUAUUCUGUUGCUGGGAAAUAUUGGGAUUCAAGUUGUGUGGCAUACUAGUCUAGCCAAGGAACGGCUGCCUUCACUCAGACGAUUACUGAGGACUCGUCAGCCUUUUCAAAUAUACUGGCAAUGCACCCUGUACAAUACUGGCCAGGGUUACUUUAUUUUUUGCCAAAAUUGUACAACUUAGUCAGAGCUUGCCUUUCUUUUUGAGAUUCAGGUCGUGUGAAAUAAGAGUAUGUUUAUCAAUUUUGCGUGUGGUUUCUGUUUUAAGGGUAAUUUGUUUUAAUAAUUAUAAGUUUUGUUUUUGGGUAAAAGCAUUUUGUGUGCAUCACUUACGUUUUUAUAUUUUAUUGAGUCUUUGUGGGUUUUUGUUUUUUGACUCUCCUCUGGAGAUGUAACUGAAUAAUAUUAAAGGAUAUUUUGUCUUUUA